UUUGGCCCAGAGGACAAAGUUUAUCUCUUUUCCGAGUUUCAGCCUUAGCAGAUCUCUCCAUGGCUCCUGCCCCGAAUUUGAAGUCCGCAGACUUCUACGAGGUGCUGGGCGUGGCCCGCGACGCCUCCGACGCGCAGAUCACCAAGGCCUACCGCAAGCUGGCACAGAAGCAUCAUCCCGACAAGAACCUGGCCAGGAAGGAGCAGGCGGAGGAGGAGUUCAAGUGCAUCGCCGAGGCCUACGACGUGCUCCACGACCCGGAGAAGCGCAAGCUCUACGACCGCUUCGGCAAGGAGGGCUUGCAGGGUGGUGUGCCAGAGGCGGGCGCUGCUGGUAUGUCUCCAGACCAGACAAACAUGUUCGCCAACCUCUUUGGCGGCCACGGCGGCCAUGGACACGGCGGCACCCGGGUGAUCUUCACUGGGCCGGACGGAAUGAGCAUGGAUGCUGAUGGCAUUGACCUCUCGGACAUCUUUAUGUCCAUGGGCAUGGGCGGCAUGGGCGGCAUGGGCGGCAUGGGCGGCAUGGGCGGCAUGGGCGGCAUGGGCGGCAUGGGCGGCAACAUGGGUAUGGGCGGUAUGGGCUUCCCCAUGGGUGGAUCCCGCAGCCGAUCCUCCCACAGAGACAGCUGCGCCAUUCGCAGCGGCACGGAGGUGGUGGUCCAUGGGCUGAACAAGGCCAAGGAGCACAACGGCAAGCGGGGCCACGUGCGCAGCUUCGAUGGCCAUCGGGGCAGGUAUGAAGUCCAGCUGGAGGAUGGCAACGUCGUCCAUGCCCGUGUGGAGAACCUCACUCAGAACUGCGUGGUGCAGGUGCAUGGCCUGACCAGCAAGCCAGAGCUCAAUGGCCAGGCGGGCCAGAUCGCGGGCUUCGACGGCGCCAGCGGCCGCUAUGUGGUCCUAGUGCAGGCCUCCAGCCCCACCGUGGUGUCCCUGCAGCCAGGGAACUGCAUCCUGAGGC